AUGGCUUCGACAAAUCUAUCACAAAAUAUCAAAAUAGAUAUUCAACAGACAAUAAAUGCUGAAAUGCAAUCACUUAUUGAAAAAGCAGCCGAUUUAGUACUUAAUUGUGAAGCUAUUUUAUUUACUAGUGGUGCUGGAAUGGGCGUAAGUAGUGGACUUGGCACAUUUCGAGGUGUUGCAGCUGGCGUUUGGCCACCUUUAUUAAAGCAUCCAGAAUUAGAUUUUACUGAUAUGAGUAAUCCACAAUGGUUUACAAAGCCACAAGGUAACAGUGAUAAACACAAUACGGCUAAUUUUGGUUAUGCUUUUUGGGCAUAUCGAUACAAUGCUUAUACAUCAGCUGCUCCACAUCUUGGUUAUGAAAUUGCUAAACGAUGGAGGGAAUUGAAUCAUGUUAAAUUUUCAUUUAGUUUUACUAGUAAUAUUGAUGGUCAUUUGGAUAAAAUCCGGUUGGAAUGA